GAAGUGUAGUCAUGGAGCAGAUAUGUAGUAAUGAUACUCUUAUCAUUUCACUAAUCUUUCUCAUUUAAUUCACAAAUUCUUGUAAUAUUUCAGUUCAGUUAUUUUUGUCAUAUCAACAGAUUCGAGAAUUAUUUAAGAUAUAGAAAAGGAGAAAGUGUGUCACAUUACAAAGGAUGGAUUAUAACUAGAAGGUGAAAAGUGACCGGUCGAAUGAACAUUAACUCUACUCGGAAACGUGCUGGACAUAAAGCAACAGAAGCAACAACGUGUUUCACGUGCCGUUGAACGUAUCUUACGUUUAAUUUGCUCAAAACAGCAUACAGAAGACGUAAUGAAUGAAAUUCCAACUGCUUCAUCGCCAAUCUCAUCAAUAUCACCAGAAACAGAAAAACUGGCUACAAAACGAACUGCUAGUAAUGCAAACAGUGAUGAACAAAGUGAUUGCGAUCCAAAGAUGAAAAUGCCGAAAAGUGAGGUAGAAGUUGUAGUAACUGAAGAUAAUGAUGUAAAAAACAGGCAGCCGUCAACAGAUACAAUAUCCGAGCAAAUUAUAUCACCGUAUGAUACAGCUGAUUUGGUGCAUGCAAAUGAAAAAUCUCUCGCGCAAGUUUUUGGCUCAUCAAUCCAAACACCUUUGAUAACAGCCGCAGAUAUCAAUCGUAUGAAUCGUGAACGAGGUUUGGAAAUUGUCGCCAUGGCAGGUCGAUAUGAAGCACUAGUGGAUAGUGCUUCACGUUCACCGGCUGCAAAUAUGGAACGUAACAAAAUUUGGCGUAAAAUAACGGAUGAAAUUAAUAAAAAAUACUCUCAUUUGAACACUCUAACUUUUGAGCAAUGCAAAAAAUUAUGCAAAUAUUAUAAGCGCAAAGAUCCGACUAAUUAUGGACUUGCAUUUCAUGCUAUGCAUUCUGAUUUAAUUCCAAGUACAUAUAAGGAGCGACAACAGCAGCAAGCUGCAGCUGCAAUUGCGGCAGCUGGUAAUGCUACAGCUUAUGUAACCACAAAUGGACAAAUUGAUGAGCCGAUUGAUGUGGAUGAGCUACUGGAAGCAAAUGAUGUAGUAGAUGGUAUUUGUUGUGAUACAAAUGCGUUAAAAGUGAAGCAAACAGAAGAGAUUGCGCCACUGUUGAUGGAAGAUAUUGUACGAGAAGAUAAACCAUCAAAAGAUCUUUUGCAAUUUCUUGCACAAUGCUCAGCAUCUUCAUCAUCCAGCUCAACUGAUGGCUUAGUAUUACCUGGACAGCAAGCUGUCGCAGCUGUCGCUGCAGCUACUGUCAUUGCAAAUCAACAGAAGAAGGAGCGGGGACAAUAUGUUUGUAAAUUGGCUGAAACCUUCAACGGUGUCUUUGAUAGCCAUUCAAGGCUAUAUCAUAUUAAUGCUGAACGUAAUCAAGUUUGGAAACAGAUCACGGAUUCUACCAAUGAAAAAUAUGGAUCCGAAUUGGGUGAUUUAACUAUAGAGCAAACUAAGAAACUUUAUGCAAAUUAUAGGCGGAAAUCUCAAUUGCUUUCUUUUAAUAACAAUGGUGGUGGUACGUCACGAUCCGAUACGGGUAGCAUUAAUGGAGCUGCUUCAGCCGAUCUGGAUUCUGAUGCGUCAUCAAGUAAUUCUGAUCUGUUGACACGUUUGGUAGCUCCAAUGUCAAAUGGAACAAGUGGGACAACUAGUAUUUCUCAAAUUCGGACUGGUUCACCAACUCUUUUACCUCGGCUGACACCAAGGGAUCGGAAGUCUAAUAUCGAUUUGAAAAAUGGUUUCGUGAAUCAUGCUGGUAAUGUUGGUCAGCGUAUUUCGGCAAAUCCCGGUCUGUCAUCAGUGGAGCUGCUGGCCAUUAUUGCUGAUCGUGAUGCUGAAAUUAAACAGUUGAAAAAUGAACUCUUACAGAAAUCAGUUGAACAUCAGCUACAAAUAUCACGUGUUUUGGAGAAAGUAUCAGAACUUGUGAAAGCUGCGGUAAAUGCCAAUGUACAACGAGAAAUAAUGUCAGCAAUGACUGGAAUGGCUGGUUUUAGCGGUUUUCAUGAUAAUGGUUAUUGUGAUAAAAGUUACGACGAUGAUAGUGAUUUAUAGUAAUGCUACCUUGCAUCUUCGGACGUUUCAUCUUAUUUCCAGUAAUUUUUUUAACUGCAUAAUUUCAUGAAUUCAUUAAAUAUGAAUUCCAUACUGUAUUCAUUCGUUUUCCUCCAGUGUUGUGCAGUAAAUUCCAGAUGUAUCUCUCAAC